AUGGCCACUCUCUCUCUCAAUAAUCUGCUCCCCAAAUCAUUUCCUCCACAGUUGCCAACCUUCACUUCACUCAGACCAAAUCUCCUCAGAUUCGACUCAUCAAACCUGACAUGUGGAAGCCAUCGGAGCAGGAGGAGACAACAAAAUCUAACCAUCAGAUCCGUGUUCACAGGAAUCGUAGAAGAGAUGGGCCAAGUAAAGAAUAUCGGAUUAGCCGACCACGGCGGAUUCGACCUCAAAAUCAACGCCAGAGUGGUACUACAAGACGUGAAGCUAGGCGACAGCAUCGCCGUCAACGGAACUUGCCUAACAGUCACGGACUUCGACGCCGAGGAGUUCACCGUUGGGUUAGCGCCGGAGACGCUGCGGAAAACGUCGCUGGAGGAGCUGGAGAUAGGGUCUCCGGUGAAUCUGGAGCGUGCGUUGCAGCCCGUGAGCCGGAUGGGGGGACACGUGGUGCAGGGGCACGUGGACGGCACGGGGGUGAUUGUUUCGAUGGAGGUUGAGGGAGAUUCGCUGUGGGUGAAGGUGAAGGCGGAUAAGGGUUUGUUGAAGUAUAUUGUUCCCAAGGGGUUUGUGGCGGUGGAUGGGACGAGUUUGACGGUUGUGGAUGUGUCUGAUGAGGAGAGCUGUUUUAAUUUUAUGUUAGUUGCGUAUACGCAGCAGAAUGUGGUGAUUCCGACCAAGAAAGUUGGGCAGAAAGUGAACUUGGAGGUUGAUAUUAUGGGUAAAUACGUUGAGAGGCUUCUCUCCACUGGCGCCUUCUCCACGCCUUAG